AUGGAAACUGAAUUUAGUGAACUAAGUAUUUUAAACAAAGAUACUGAUACAGUAAAUACUAAAAAUUGUUCAUAUUGCAAUAAACCUUUUACUGAAAAAGUAUGGUGUAAAGAAUGUAUUAAUUCUUUAGCAAAAUUAGCAGAAAAUGGUGAUGAAAAAGCAAUGUUUAAUUUAGCUACAUGUUAUCACAAUGAAGAAGGAACAGAAAACAAUUUAGAAAAAGCCUUUCAUUGGUAUCAUAAAGCAGCAGAAAAUAAUUUUAAAGAAGCAAUGUUUAAAUUAGCCAAAUGCUAUGAUAAUGGAGAAGGGGCAGAAAAGAAUUUAGAAAAAGCCUUUUACUGGUAUCAAAAAGCAGCACAAAAUGGGCAUGAAGAUGCUAUGUUUAAUUUAGCCAAAUGUUAUGAGAAUGGAGAAGGGACAGAAAAGAAUUUAGAAGAAGCCUUUUAUUGGUAUCAAAAAUUAGCGGAAUAUGGUGAUAUAGAAGCAAUAAUAAGUUUAGCCAUGUGUUAUGAUAAUGGAGAAGGAACAGAAAAAAAUUUAGAAAAAGCCUUGUAUUGGUAUCAAAAAGCAGCAGAAAAUGGUGAUGUAGUUGCAAUGUAUAAUGUAGCCAUAUAUUAUGAUAAUGGAGAAGGAACAGAAAAGAAUUUAGAAAAUGCCUUUUAUUGGUAUCAAAAAGCAGCAGAAAAUGGUGAUGUAAUUUCAAUGUUUAAUUUAGCCUUAUGUUAUGAAAGUGGAAAAGGAACAAAAAAGAAUUUAGAAAAAGCCUUUUAUUGGUAUCAAAAAGCAGCAGAAAAUGGUGAUAAAGAAGCAAUGUUUAAUUUAGCUUAUAAUUAUGAAAAUAGAGAAGGAACAGAAAAGAGUUUGGAAAAAGCCUUUUAUUGGUACCAAAAAGCAGCAGAAAAUGGCUAUAGAGAAGCAAUGGCUAUUUUAGCUGAUUUUUAUAACAAAGGAAUAGGAACAGAAAAGAAUUUAGAAAAAGCAUUUUAUUGGGAUCAAAAAGCAGCAGAAGAUGGUCAUGUAGAAGCAAUGUUUAAUUUAGCUUAUAAUUACUAUGAAAGUGGAGAAGGGACAGAAAUAAAUUUAGAAAAAGCUUUUUAUUGGUAUCAAAAAGCAGCAGUAAAUGAUCAUGUAGAAGCAAUGUUUAACUUAGCAAUAUAUUAUGAAGAUGAAAUAAGAACAGAAGAAAAAAAUUUAGAAAAAGCCUUUUAUUGGUAUCAAAAAGCAGCAGAAAGUGGUUAUAAAGAAGCAAUGUUUAGUUUAAGUGUACUUUAUGAAGAUGGAAAAGGAACAGAAAAAAAUUUAGAAAAAGCCUUUUAUUGGUAUCAAAAAGCAAAAGAAAGUAAUAAAAUACUAAGUUCUGAAAUUGAAGUUGAAUUAUGUAAUGAAUGUAAACAACCAUAUAUUGAUGAUGAUUACCAGUGGUGUCAACAAUGUAAUAUUAAACGAUUGCAACAAGAUUUUUCAAAGUGGACUUGUAAAAAUGAAUUUAUUAAUAAAUUCAUUGAAGAAGCACAACUAAAAGCCAGAAAUAGUUAUGAAAUUUUAGAGUGGAUACCAUAUAAUAAAUUAUCAAAUAUUAAUUAUUAUGAUAAAGGAGGAUUUAGUGAAAUUCACAAGGCUAUCUGGUCAGAUGGACCUAUUUAUAGUUGGAAUUUUGACAAACAACAAUGGAAUAGGCAAGCAGAUUAUGAAAUCAUUCUUAAAAUUCUUAAUAAUUCAUCAAGUUUAGACAAUAAAUUUCUGGAUGAGUGGAAAUAUCAUUAUAAUUGUCAGAAAAAAUCAUUUUCAAAACUUACACAAAUCUUUGGAUUUACCCAAGAUCCAGUUAGUUUAAAUUAUAUAAUUGUAAUGAGUUAUGCAAAAAAAGGAAGUUUGAGAAAAUGUUUAUCUGAUAUAAAUAAAUUUAAGUGGCAAGAUAAGUUACAAUUAUUAAAAAAUAUUAUAUUAGGAUUAAAAGUAAUUCAUGAAUCAGGUUUAACUCAUGGUGAUUUUCAUGAUAAAAAUAUUUUGAUGUCAGAUAAUUCCAAUGAGAUAUUUAUUAUUGAUUUAGGAUUAUGUAAACCUAUAAAUGAUGAUAAUGGAAUUAAUGAAAUUUAUGGAGUUUUGCCUUACAUGGCGCCUGAAAUAUUAAGAAAUAAUCCCUAUACUCAAGCAAGUGAUAUUUAUAGUUUUUCAAUGAUAAUGUGGGAAUUUACAUCAGGUAUUCCUCCAUUUAAAUAUGAAGCACAUGAUCAUAAUCUUGUUUUAAGUAUUUGUGAAGGAGAACGUCCUGAAAUUAUAGAAAAUACUCCAAAAUGUUAUAUAGAUUUAAUGAAAAGAUGUUGGGAUUCAAAUCCUUCCAAUAGACCAACUAUAAUAAUGCUUGAAAAUAUUAUAUCUGAAUGGAUUAGAUGUAUUAAUAAACAUUAUAAUUUAAACAGGGAUGAAAAUUCUAACUUUGAAGUACUUGAUAUUGAUAGUCAAUUAGAAGAUGAUAUGUUGGAAUUUAUAAAUGCAAAUGAAGCUUUAGUACAAAAACAAGCGCAUACUUCUAUUAUACAAUCUCAUCCACAAGCAUGUUAUAAAAGUCGCAAACUUUCUGAAAUUAUAGAUAGUGAUAGAAGUUAUAAGUAUACCAAAAUUCUUAGUAGAAAAACAAAAUAUAGUGAUUUUAAUAUUGCUUUAUUCAUUUUUAAUACAGAAACUUAUUUGACUGAAAGUUUAGAUUUUAAGAAAUUAAUUCAAAGCAAAUGUUCGUUGAGAAGUAUUACAGCUUCUGUUUGUGAUGACGUUACCAAUGGUACAGUUCUUGUUACAGAUAGAGUCAAGAUUCCAGAGACUAAUCUUGAUAUGAAUUUGGUUGGGAAAGAAUUAUGCCGUCGUCACUAUAACAAGCUAAUAGUGAAUGAAAAACAUCGCUUAAUGAAAGCACAACGAUGUGCUUAUCCAAAACAUGAGGACACAAAAAAUAGUAAAAGAGGAAGACCACGAAAAAAUUUUCUUAGAAAAAUUCCACGGCGACUUUUACCUAUUUUAAAUCUCUCUCCCGAUUCUCUUAUUUGUAAUCCGUGUCUUAAUAAUAUAGAUCGUGAUGAAGAAAUUCAACAAUCUCUUAAUUAUCGACCACCAAUUCGAAAGAUCUCAAAUUCAAAUACAAACCCUGAAUAUUCAUAUAUUUUCCGUAAUGAUCUUUUGUAUUCACUCAAAGAAUUUAAGGAAUUAGAGACUGCAUAUAAUGAAGUAUGUGAAGAACUUGAUCUAACUAAAUUAACUUCUAUUGUAUCUUUUAGUGAAAAAAUUCAUUUGAUGUCUAAUGUUUUGUAUAAGAAACAACGCAAAGAUGAAGAAAAGCCAAUUUAUGAUCCUGACGAAUUCAAAAAAAUUCUGGAAGAAGAGGAGCCAAAAUUGCAAGGAUUUUUUGAUGAACUUGUUGCUAGCACAAAUCCUGAGAAGAAAAGUCCUAUAACUAAUCAAACAAAUAGAAAAAAACUUGUUGCGAUGUGUCACUUUUUGGCCAGUAUUAAUAACAAAUUUAUUAAUGGUGUAAAAACAGAAGUAGGAUUUUUAUUGAGUGCAUCAGGGACUUCUGCGUCAGCAAUAGAAAUUUUAGCAAAUGCUGGACUUACAAUUAGAAGGGAAACUAUUCAAAGACCAGAGCAUCAAUUAGCUAGAUCACAUGAAAGAACUGUCAAAGAUUAUAUUAUUGAAAAUGUGGUGGCUUUAAUUAAAGAAUCUAUUCAAGGUCUUUUUAAUAAUUAUAAAGAUCUUGCGGCACGUAUUGGAUGUUGGGAAGCAUCUGAAGAAGCAAUGUUGCGUAUAUGUGACGUCUUUUAUCCAAUUGCUGAAAUGCUUAAGCAUAUCGUUAAUGAUUAUUAUGUAGAGAAUUUUUACAGUUCUGUACGAUGUCAGAUAACUAAUAUUUUAUCAUGUGAUCAUGAUGAUCAUGCAAAACGUCUUGUUUCAAUCAAAGCAUUUGAUCAUUUUGAUGAUAAUGUUGAUGAAGAAGAUGGUGAAGACUUAGAAGAUCAGGAUUCAGGAAGAUUCGCAGGAAAAUAA